AUGUCGACCAACUCGACAAUUCGGGCUGCCCGUCGCAAUUGUACUGAAGUCACGCCAGAAUGCCCCGUCGAGUUUACCACAUAUGGCUAUUAUCCCAAUCUUAGUGUUAACUCGUUCUUCAUCGCACUUUUCGGCAUAUGUUGCAUCGCUCAGUUGAUCCUGGGCACGCGCCGACGGACAUGGACGUACUUGGUAGCCGUGGCUAUUGGCUGUUUUGGAGAGAGUAUAGGCUAUGCUGGGCGUAUCGUGAUGCAUCACAACCCAUGGAACGGUACAGGAUUCAAGGUUCAAAUCGUUUGCUUGGUGCUCGCCCCGAGUUUCCUGGCCGCCGGCAUCUAUGUGACACUGAAACACCUCGUCAUCUACUGCGGAGAGGAGAACUCAAGGCUCAAACCCAGGCUCUACCCGUGGAUCUUUAUCGGAUGUGACUUUGGGUCGAUCGUGCUUCAGGCCAUUGGGGGUGGUAUUGCAGCGAGUGCCGGCGACAAAGGCAAGAACCCCAAUCUGAUCGACGUCGGCAAUGGGAUGAUCGUAGCCGGCAUUGCAUUUCAGGUGGCCACCAUGGGUGUCUGCGGCCUGCUGACGAUCGACUAUUUCAUCCGUUUUCAACGGGCUAAGAAGGCGAAAUCAACAUCCCACUCUGAGAGCGAAUAUGAAAAGAAUCUGGCCCUGCCCAUGACUAGUCGCAAUUUUCGAAUAUUCUGCUUCGCCAUUGCACUGGCCUUUAUCACAAUUUUCAUCCGUUGUAUCUAUCGACUUCCCGAGAUGGCUGGCGGAUGGGGCAACGCCCUCAUGCGCAACGAGACCGAGUUUCUAAUUCUCGAUGGAAUGAUGGUCGGUAUUGCCUGCGUCGCCAUGACCGUCGUUCAUCCGGGCUACUUCUUUGAACCAAUGAGGAAAUUCAAACAAUGA